CUAUUUGUUUAUGUAACUAAUGUGCAUUUGAACAUAAUUCGUUUGCUGUCAUGGCAACACUAAUUGUUUUUAAUGUAAAUGUGAAUCUUUUCUUAAAUAUCUAUGAUCUUGCAAGACAAAACAUUUGUAAUACUCACUUUGCAAUAAUUCAGCCAUUUGAAUAAAUGUAUUUCCCAAUGUUUUGCUCUUGAUUCAUUUCGUCAUUAAAAGUGGACUGUCGCUCGUGAAAUGACGUGAAGAACGUGUUCGCCAUAAUGAUAAUAAACCGUGAACACAAAGCUACAAUAAAGCAAAUUAAAGUCUGGCUGUGAAACGGGGAUCGAUACGUAGACAUUGAGGAGCAAUCGAGUUUGGACAAAUAUCGCUGGACGCAAGUCUUGGUAAAUUUGGGGAAGCCGAGGAAGAGCUGAGCGGAACAACGAGGCAACGCUAUGGCGUCGGCAUCUGCCAGUGUGGACUCCAAGGCAGAGCUGACUGCUCUACUGGAACAGUGGGAGAGGGAUCAACAAGGCAGCACGCAGGAGCUGGUUAACAUCCUCACAAAAAUCUCUGAGCUUGUUGAGAAGGAGACAGAGGAGUACCACAAAGCGGACCCAGACCCUUUCGAUGAUCGACAUCCUGGGAGAGCUGAUCCAGAGUGCGUGUUAGGGCAUCUGCUCAAGAUCCUGUUCAAGAAUGAUGACUUCAUGAACGCGCUGGUGAAUAGCUAUGUGAUGACUAGCAGAGAAUUUUCCCUCAAUGCAGCAGCUUGUCGCCUGCUUCAGAACAUCAUGCCUGGAUUGGAGACAGCAGUGGUCUUUCAAGAAAAGGAGGGUAUAGUUGAAAGGCUAUUUAAGUGGGCUCAGGAGGCCGAGCAGCCCCUCAGAAUAUAUGCCACAGGCUUGUUGGCAGGAGCCAUGGAGAACCAGGACAUUGCGGCCAACUACAGGGAGGAGAACUCUGUUUUGGUGCCUUUGAUGCUGCAUCGCUUACGUGAGCUUCAGGAUAAGGAUGCAGAGAACAAAAGGGAAAUCAAACGGCCCAGCCCCAGGAAGACCUUGAGUGAGCCUUUGCUACCUUUGGAUGAGGAGACUGUUGAUGGAGGCUUUGAAGAGAAGCCCUUCACACCGGGCAGAAACGGAGGGGAAAGGGAGGGGACGGGGCCAGAGGAGGAUGGCGAAAUUCCUUUCUCAACCAUUGAGCCUGAAAACGAGCUUUCGUUCCGUCUCAACUCUCCUCAUAAGACCAGCAGCCGUGCCAACUCAGCUGUUAAAACCAUGAUGAAGCCCAUGUCUGCCCCAGGUUCACUGAUACACCAAGGCAUGUCUGAUGGCAGCAGUUACCUAAAAAGGAAGGCAGAGAGGGAGAGUGGCAGGACCUCAAAACAGAAGCUAAACUUCUCUUUGCCAGAGCCAGAGAGGAACUUCAGUGAACUUUCCAACAGCAGCUGGUCUGAGAUGAGCCCCUGGGUGAUUGGAAAUAACUAUCAUCUGUACCCUCUAACCCCAGAGAUCGAGCAGAGGCUCAUCCUGCAGUAUCUCACUCCUCUGGGGGAGUAUCAAGAGCUGCUGGCAGUGUUCAUGCAGAUGGGAGCUCGUGAGCUACUCAUGCAUUAUAUGGAUCUAAAGCAGACCAAUGAUGUGCAGCUCACCUUUGAGGCUCUCAAGUACCUGGCAUCUUUGCUGCUGCACAAGAAGUUUGCUGCAGAGUUUGUGGCUCAUGAAGGAGUUCAGAAGUUGCUGGAAAUUCCCAGGCCAUCUAUGGCUGCCACUGGAGUGUCUCUGUGCCUCUAUUAUCUUGCCUAUAACCAGGAUGCCAUGGAGAGGGUGUGCAUGUUGCCCCACUCCAUCCUGUCAGAUGUGGUUGGUUACACGCUGUGGCUGCUGGAAUGCUCACAUGCGUCCGGCUGUUGCCACGCCACCAUGUUUUUUUCCAUCUCCUUUUCAUUCCGUGCCGUUCUGGAGCUUUUCGACAAGCAGGACGGGCUCCGGCGCCUUGUCAAUCUGAUUAGCACACUGGAGAUCCUGAACCCGGAAGACCAGGGAGCACUUCUGAGUGAUGAUGAGAUUUUCUCCAGCAGGCAGACUGCUAAGCACACCUGCAUGGCACUGCGCAGGUACUUUGAGGCCCAUCUGGCGAUCAAGGUGGAGCAGGUGAAGCAAUCCCUGCAGCGCACAGAAGGGGGUGCCCCCAUUCACUCCCAGCCGUACUACAAGGCGGUCAGCUAUAGCCGUGAGCAGGUGGUGGAAAUGAUGGAGUUUCUGAUAGAGUACGGACCACUCCGGCUUUACUGGGAACCAGCAGAGGUCUUCCACAAGCUGUCGUGUGUCCAGCUCCUCCUGCAGCUCAUUUCCAUUGCCUGUGACUGGAGAACCUAUUAUGGCAGGAGUGAUACAGUGCGAUAUGCCCUCGACAUCCUGAGCAUCCUCACAGUUGUUCCAAAGACCCAGCUGUUGUUGUCUGAGGCUGUUGCUGUCCUCGAUGAGGGAGGAUCCACUGUUUCCACUGUUGGAAUGAGUAUAGUCCUGGCAGUGGCAGAGGGAGAGGUAUUUGUGAAUGAUGCCGAGAUUCAGAAGUCGGCUCUGCAGGUUGUUAUCAACUGCGUCUGUGCUCCAGACAAACGCAUAUCCAGCAUUGGCAGGAUUCACCAUGAGCACCCCCGUCGGCACUUUAACAGACCAAAGCCAGCGAGUGUGCUCACUAAGAUGUGGAAUGUGGUGCAGUCCAACAACGGCAUCAAGGUGCUGCUGUCCCUGCUGACAGUGAAGAUGCCCAUUACAGAUGCAGAUCAGAUCCGAGCGCUGGCCUGUAAGGCUCUGGUGGGUCUGUCUCGCUCCAGCUCCGUCAGACAGAUCAUCAGCAAGCACGCAAGCUCGCUUGAAAGGCGUUUCUCUGUGCUCCAGGACAAACGCAGUGAGCAUGUCAAGUUCUGUAAGUUUGCAGCUGAGUUGAUAGAAAGGAUCUCCGGGAAACCGCUGCUGAUCGAGUACCGAGACGCAGUCUCAUGGCGGCUGCCCGGAGGGCAGAUGUGGUAAGCCCAGUCCAGGAUCACCUUCCCUGAGAAAGAGCUGCUGUUGCUUAUUAGGAACCACCUGGUGGCCAAAGGCCUUCAUGACACGGCCACCACACUCACCAAGGAGGCAGAUCUCCCGAUGGCAUGUCUGUCUCAUUCUUCACAUUCAACUUCUGCUUUCCCUCCUGUUGCUCCUCCUCUGCCUGCCUCUCCUGCUGCUACUCUCCCCCGAACGCCACGGCUGGCCAAUGGUGUCGGGUCAAGACUCGGAAACCAUCCUUCUCAUUCAUCCACCCCGGGGUCCAGCCAUCCUCAAACCCGUCCCUCUACGUCACAACCCACUGGGUCCUCUUCUACUGCUUUCCCCUCAACGUCUGUCCCCCACUGUAGCAAUGGCUCCCCACUGAUCGGCCGAAUCGUUUUCUCUCGUGAACGGCAAACAGGGUGCACUACAGUGAGCUGCAAGAAGACUCGGGUGCUGAGGCAGAAGUCUGACCAUGGGGCCUUCAGCCAGAGUCCGGCCAUGAAGAAGCAGUUUGACAGGCACCUGCCCUCUCCCCCUGCAUUAGACAGCAUUAUAACAGAGUACCUGAGGGAACAGCACGCACGCUGUAAGAACCCUGUCGCAACAUGCCCGCCUUUCUCGCUCUUCACACCCCAUCAAUGCCCUGAGCCCAAACAGAGACGCCAAGCACCCAUCAACUUUACAUCCCGACACACACGGAGGGUUAUAUAUCCUAAAUAUGGAGGAGUAGAUGGAGGAUGCUUUGACAGACAUCUCAUCUUCAGCAGGUUCCGUCCCAUCUCCGUGUUCAGGGAGGCUGACGAGGAUGAGAGUGGAUUCAUGUGUUGUGCCUUCUCAGCUCGCGAGCGGUUCCUGAUGCUUGGGACGUGCACAGGGCAGCUCAAGCUCUACAAUGUGUUUACAGGCCAGGAGGAAGCCAGCUACAGCUGUCACAGUUCGGCCAUCACUCACCUGGAGCCCUCACGGGAUGGCUCUCUGCUGUUAACGUCAGCCUCUUGGAGUUACCCUCUGUCUGCACUGUGGGGCAUGAAAUCAGUGUUCAUCAUGAAGCAUUCCUUUCUGGGUGACCAUUAUGUGGAGUUCAGUAAGCUUUCACAAGAUCGUGUCAUUGGAACUAAGGAACAUAUAGCACGUAUUUAUGACAUCCAGACGGGGCAGGUAACUCUGAGUCUCAACAACCCAGACCUGGCUAACAACUACAAGCGGAACUGUGCCACCUUCAACCCCACAGAUGACCUGGUACUGAACGACGGCGUGCUGUGGGACGUGCGCACGGCUCAGGCCAUCCACAAGUUUGACAAAUUCAACAUGAACAUCAGCGGUGUGUUCCAUCCCAACGGCCUGGAGGUCAUCAUAAACACGGAAAUUUGGGAUCUGCGGACCUUCCACCUCCUCCACACAGUUCCUGCUCUGGACCAGUGCAGAAUAGUCUUCAACAACAACGGCACCGUCAUCUACGGAGCAAUGUUGCAAGCUGAUGAUGAAGACGACAUGAUGGAGAUGCAGAUGAAAAGUCCAUUUGGUUCGUCGUUUAGGACCUUUAAUGCCACAGACUACAAACCAAUUGCCACUAUUGAUGUCAAGAGGAAUAUAUUUGACCUUUGCACAGACACAAAAGACUGCUACCUAGCUGUGAUUGAGAACCAAGACUCAGUUAACACCGACACGGUCUGCAGGCUGUAUGAAGUUGGCCGGCAAAGACUUGCAGAGGAAGAGGAGGAGGACGAGGAGGAUCAGGAGGAUGAUGAUCAGGAGGAAGACGAUGAUGACGACGAGGACUCAGAUGAUGAUGUCGAUACGGAUCCCCUUAUCGCCGAGCUAGAGAACGAGAAUGGCGGAGAGGAUGAGGAUGACGAAGAGGAGGAUGAUGGGAAUGAUGAAUUCUCUCCCUCUGAUGAGGAGGUGGCUCGUCUCCUUGAGGAGGACGUCGACGUCGGGGAUGACGACGAUGAGGAUGACAAUGACGAAGAUGACUCUGAUAACGACGAUGUUGAUCUGGAUGUUGACAAUGACAGUUCCGACAACUCUGACCUUGAGGAUGACAUCAUCUUAUCCCUGAACGAGUGAGGAGCCUUCGGCAUCUGGGACCGAGGAACCAGACAACGUGUCAAGACUUCUGCCUCUCAGACUUUGGACCUGCAGAACAGGAGGCAAGAAAAGAGGAGAAUAUCAGCAGAUAAGGUGGGAGAUAAUUUUGAGCACUGCCAGUUUGAAACAGUAGGUGUCUGCACACUUUGGGAGUGACAAGACCAAGGAAAUUGACCUACUGGUGGGCAAAAAUGAUUGUAUAUGAUAUAGUUUUAUAAAAACAAAAGUGGGCUUGAUGAUGAUUGGAAAGGCCAUUGUGUAGAUGCAGUGAAGAAAAGUUUUAUAUUUUAUCACAUUAGCGGCUCUUUAAAUGAACCUCUUCAUUUGAUAUGGACUCACUCACUUUGUAAGCCUCUGUUUGGCCGCGGAUUAGUCUUUGUAGGGGAAACGGCUUACACUACAGGGCUAUGGGUCUCCAUUCGUAUGGCAGAGAAUACAUUGCCCUCUCAAGCUUGUACUUCAACAGACCACCUGGAAUAAUCACAAAAACAUACUAAAGUAUUGAAUUAGGCAGCUAAUGUAAUGCACAAACAUGUUGCCAAUGGUUCAUGAAGCGUCAACCCCACUUUCAGGUUUUACCUCACCAUAAACCAAUGACCAAAACGCCACAAACAGCAGUGCCAUUUGUGAACAUCACCUCCUGAUUUCAUCAUGUAAAUAGAGAAAUUAAUCAGCUUGGUGCUCUUGAAUUGCCGAAGAAACCAUAACUAGUCAGCACAUGACAGACAUACUGUAUAGAGGCUUCUACAGCACUCUACCAUUGUGUUAUUUCACAUCCCUAUGUUGAGCCACGCAUGAAUUUGGGUUCAGUGGAUGUUUAUUAAAAAGACUGUGCUGUCUGGUGAAACUUGGUUUUAUGUAAGAAAACUGAGGAUUUAUCACAGUGACUUUGGUUCAGGACUGAUACUAUAGUAAACUCCAUUCAAUUGAAUCUUUGUCAAUCUUGAAAGAGAGCUUAAAACAUUGGAAAUAGGUGAUCACAGCAAAAUCCAGCAAACCAUAAUCUUUUCAGUGCAUGUUUCCUCUGAUUGACUGACAGGAAACUUCAUACUCUCAGCAUUGUGAAAACAUACUUAGCACUUGCACACUUUGUGAAAGCAGUGCAAACAUUGCAGGAUUUUCUCAUGUUUUUGCCUUGUACCUAUUCAUUUUACCUGUUUUCUUUUGCAAAAGGAGACUUUUAUUUGAGUUUCUUGAGACAAUUUAUGUACAGCUUGUAUGUAUCUAAAGUAUUUUUACUAUAAAUAA